AUGUCAGAUCAUCAAGGCAUCGAUGGCAAUGACAGAGAGAACGAGAUUCCCAACAGUGGCAAACGGCUAUCAUCCGAUAACGUGACCGAUAUUGGUAAACCCAUGCAUUUUCUUUGCAACGAUCUGGACAAGAGCAUGGAUAGGAAGAGCGCUCGUAGCAGUUAUGCCGGUAGCGUCACCGUUGUGGGUGUCGCCGCUGUGCCGCUGCAAACAUUGACUGUCGUCGAUCGUCGUCCGCGUCAUUGUGCAAGUAAUCGGUUGUCUUUCAUUUGGGAUGAUGAGCUGCAGUAUUUGGCAUCACUCAACUUACGCACUUGCAUACUGGACCAUGAUUCCUGUCAUACCACUUACCGUUUUCAGUAUUCCGGCCAAAAUCUCUGCGGCGUUGUGCGUGAUCGCAAUCCAAAUGUGAAUGUGAGCGGAAUUAUCGAGGAAGUGAUGGGUUUGUGGUUCAAUGAGUAUCCACUGAUCGAUAGCAGUUAUAUAAGGAAAUUCCGUGUGACCAAGUACUUUGAGGACUAUGGUCACUUCGCUGAGAUCGCUGUCGAUCGAAACACACAUGUUGGCUGCGGAAUUAUACGCUUCACCCGGCCUGAUGUGCCCUACGUCUACAUCUACAACAUGGUCUGUAAUUAUGCGUCAAUUUAUGCCUUGGACACACCCGUAUACACAGUGGGCCAACCCGGUUCGCGCUGUCUGACGGGCAAAAACCCCUAUUAUCCCGGUUUAUGCUCCGAAAACGAGCCGAUCAAUCCAAAUUAUUGAGCGCCAGUGAUUUUAUGUAGUUAUAGUAGUGAUUAAUGCUAAGUUUAACAAAAAAAGAAUGCUUGUAAAUAGUUAAUAGAAAAAAUAUUAUAAAUAAAUGAAUCAUAUACAGGGUAGGCCAUUUAAAGUUGACCCAUUUGUUUCUAAAAAAAAAGAACAAAAGAAAACAAUGUUUUUUGUUCAUUUCAAAAAUAAUUUAUUUUGGUCCAAGGGGAUUUGUUUCAGCUAAUAUUUAAAAAUUAGAUCGCGUAAAUGGGCACCUUUAGCUUUGACAGCUAAAUGCACUCUUUUUUCGACAUUUUCCAUGACUUUGGCCAAUGUUUCGGAUGAUAUGGCGGCUGUUUCACGUCGAAUGUUGGCUUUCAGUUGAGCUAAGGUCUUUGGCUUAUUAGCGUAUACCUUGGAUUUCAAAUAACCCCACAAAUAAAAGUCUGGUGGCGUCAAAUCUGGUGAUCUCGGUGGCCAGUCAACAUCACCAUUUUUCGAUAUCAAUCGCCCGGGGAAAAAUGGUCGCAAUAAAUUGAUUGUUGGUCGAGCUGUGUGGCAUGUAGCCCCGUCCUGUUGAAACCAGAAGUUAUCCAUGUCAUUUUCGCGAUUAAUGGGUAUCACAAAAUCCGUUAUCAUGGCUCGAUAAUGCUCACCAUUGACUGUUGUCGUGACUCCAUCAUCGUCUUCGAAAAAAUACGGUCCGAUGAUCAUAUUCGCGCAAACACCGCACCAAACUGUUACUUUUUGGUCGUAAAGAGGCUGUUCUUCAAUUAAUUGAGGAUUUUCGGUGGCAUAAAAUCGGCAAUUUUGCUUGUUUACGCCUCCAUUCAACGAGAAAUGUGCCUCGUCUGACAUGAUGAGUUUUCGCCAAAAGUCAAGUUCGUUUUCAGCCAUUUCGAUGGCCCAUUUGCCAAAAUUAAGGCGUCGCGGAUAAUUAGCUGGGUUUAGUUUUUGUGCCAUUUGAAUUUUAUAUGGAAACAUCUUCAAAUCGUUAUGAAUUAUGCGUCGGAGAGUGGUGCGAGAGAUGUCUAAUUCCUGAGAGCGGCGAUAACUCGAUGUCGAUGGAGUCUCCUCAAUACUGGCUCGUACAGCUUCGAUAUUUUCAUCAGAACGUCUUGUGCGUUGUCUGGAUGCAUGACUGGCAUUACUGAGAUUACCGGUGUUCACAAAUUUUGCGUAUAAAGACUUAAUUGUGUUCUUAACUGGAGCACUUUUCACUUUAUUUUUUUUGCGAAACGCACGUUGAGUUAACACAAUUGAAAAGUUAUUUUGAAUAUAAAGCUGAACAAUUUCAGCGCGUUCUUUUGGAGUGUACUGUUCCAUGGUAUAAAUUGUCUUCGAAUGACGCUUCUAACGCGGUAUGACAUUAGCCGAUUUGUCAGCGCUGUUAAAAGUUACAGCGUUGCCAGAUGGGUCAACUUUAAAUGGCCUACCCUGUACAUAUAU